UAAAUGGUGAGGGGGGAAAGAGAUAAAAUGCGAAAAUAAAAACCUUCUUUUCAAUCGUCACAGUGCGGAGAAGAAGUUUAGAAUCAAAGAAGAAACCGACGUCCCUCUCUCUCUUUCUCACCUCCUCUUUGGAUCUCUCUCUCCCUGAUUAGGUUUUAAUCAGGGAGUUUUCUCGGUUCCGGAUCAUUACAAGUCUUUGGUCUUGUCUUUAGCUCUGUUGCAGCCCUUUGAAACCUCCAAAACUUCUUACAACCUUUAUGUUCUCAAGAGGGCUUAUGCAGCAAGCGAAAUGGGACAAAGAAAUAGAUCAGUUGAUUUAGAAAUGGAGCAGCAGCAGCAGCACCACCACCAAUCUCAACCCUCUCUCCAACCAGGACCUUGCCUCCUUCUAGGCAGCUUUCCUCAACCGGUUAACAACAACAUACCUGCCAUGGUUCCUAACUCUCUUCAAGACAACUCGGCAAUGUUCUAUGGUCUUCCUCAGUACCAUCAUCAUCAGCCUGCUCCCACCAACUACUAUGCUCCUCCCUAUGUGGCGUUUCAGCCUCCCCCAAGUCAGUUACCAUCUUCUAGCAGUCAUGAGAGGAAUGCUCACUUUGUGGAUCACACACCUGGGGCUUAUAAAAGAAAGAACGCUGAAGGAAUACCUUUAAAUCCUCUUUUAGCAGCUCCGUUCAACAAUGCACCUGAGGCAGUAGCUCCUUUUGGAAGCGUAAGGAGCAGACCAGUAGCUGUUAUGAACCCUGUUCUUCCUCCUCCUCCUCCUCCUCAUGCUCCUCAGGCCCCAAACGGCUUCAUUCAAGGGAACUAUGCUGGUCAUCAUCCUUACCCACCUCCUGGCUCAAUAUGGUAUGAUCAACACCUUGGCAUACCUGAUGGUUCACCUUCCUUUUGGCCACACUCACCUUACAUGCAAGGUAGUAACAUCGUCGCUGGUUCCGUAGAGUCUAGUAUUAGAAACCCUGCGCCAUUCAUGUGUCCUCCUCCCCAAUUAAACCCGAGAGACCAUUAUUAUCACCCUCCACCUCCUCCUGUACAAGGAGUGAGAGGCCAGAGCGCCGCAUUAUACCCUCCGAUGGCUUCUUCUCCCUCAUACAGAGUCCCUUUUGGGAACUUUGCCCCUCAGAACAUAAUCAAUAGCGGUCCAGAGAUGGGUUCAGUUCAACCAACAGGGCUUCGGAUAUACCAGCAUCCUCCACCUUUAGCAGCUCUUAGACAACACCGUGGAGGAGUUCCUCGGCUUAGAGUGAUGCCUGAUGAUGAAGUUGCUAUGCUGGAGUUUGGAGACUUCCUUGGAAAUAAUCACAUUGAUCAUCAUAGAGAUAUGCGUUUGGACAUUGAGGAAAUGUCUUAUGAGGAGCUUCUUGCGUUGAGUGAGCGGAUUGGAACUGUAAACACUGGUUUGCCAGAGGAAGAUGUUAAGAACCAUUUGAAAACAAGAACAUGUUCUGUCAUCAACCAUGCAGAAAAGUCUCCACAAACUAAAGAUGGAGAAACUGAACCUUGCACCAUAUGUCAGGAAUGCUUCAAGAACGAAGAAAAGAUUGCUACUUUGGAUUGUGGGCACGAGUAUCAUGCGGAGUGCUUGGAGAAAUGGCUGAUUGUGAAGAACGUUUGCCCCAUCUGUAAAUCAGAAGCAUUGGUCAUGGAGAAGGGAAACGUAUAAUAGGAAGAAGAAUGACUUCUUUUAAUCUAAUGGGUUUAUAUUUAUAUAUAUUUAUAUAAAAAAAAGGAAACUUACAUGAAGAGAAGAAAACUGAGUUUGGUUUAUUUUUCAGCUCCAAAAAGGAUUCUGUAAAUUUGUACAUUCUUUUGUUUGUGCACAUAACAUUGUGUGUGAAUGGUCAUAGACUUUCUUUUUAUUUGGUUUCUUGGCUAAGUGAUGAUACUGAUAAA